AUGAUGCCCCGCCUAAAUCUCCUCCGUCAUCACCGUCGGUCCAGCAAUGAGCAAUCAUCAAAAUCUACACAUAACAAGCCAUCCACCACCCCUCCGCCGCAUACCCCCUCACCAGAAAUCCUCCCUCCGCUCAACAUUGGUAGCGGUUCACCUAGCCUCGGCACACCAGACACGUGGCUCGCCCCCACCACCCCAACCACCACCCCAACCGCCCCCGAACCUACCCCUCUGAGCCGCACCUCGACCGAGCCCGCCCGUUCACCAAAGAAGUCACGAAAGUCUGCUGACAAGGAGCGGAAACAGCAGAAUGCAUCAUCACCGCAAGCGCCAAAGGAUAAAAGGAAGCUAACGCUCCUCAAUCCUAUGUCGCUUCUCUCGCGCCGACGGAGCUCUCAGUCUACGAUUGAGAAGCAGCAGAAGACGGCGCGCGACUUGCCAGAUGACUUUGAUCCCGGGAUUAUAUACGGGACACGGCAUCCUGAUUGGUCAUCAGGUCCAAGGCGGGGUGGAUUGCUUCCAGUGAAUAGGCAGGAGACUGGGGGAAAGGAGUUGUUGAAGGUUGAGGUUGUUAAGGAGAGGAAUGGUCAAGGUUUCAAGGAGCAUUUUGAAGAUGAGAAGGGGGCCGAGGGAGAUAUUAUUCCAAAUAAGGAGAAAGUGCAGGAGCAACAGAGGUCAUUAUCGGAUGUAGGGCCGCAGAGGGCGCCAAUGACGUCGCCCCCGUCACCGCCAAUGAAAGCCCCUCCACCACCUCCAACUCCGCCAAAGGAUCUUUCGCCUUCACCUCCAAUUCCGUUAAAGGAAGCGACAGUCCCAGUGCCGCCAAUAGUCGAGACAGCGCCAGAAGAGGAAUCUGAUAAUGAAGGCGAGCUUCAUUCACCACCGGAUGGGCGUCCAAGAGUUUCUUUAUUCGAUCACCCACUCUCACUUCCGCAUCAUCUGAUCAACAAUUCUUCCCGCUUCUCAUUUGAGGGUAGUAGCGCUGCAGGGGAAUCAACAACGCAGUCAAAUGAUAACCUCUCGCUCAUCCCGCGGACAGCUCCUGAUUUUGAUCCCGACGAUUCCGACGCUGAAAUGGAUAUGGAUGAUAUAGAUAUGGACGGCGAGGACGACGAUGGUUUUGAGCGCGCAAACGAAGGAAUGUUUGGAGAAGGGGAUGAAUAUGAGGGAAGUGAUGAGGACGACGAUGAUGAUGAUGGCUUGGUCAUGGCGUUACAGCCUAUGUCUAUUGGUCUUCACCCAAUGUCCAUUGGACUUGCCGUCUCUGGAGGAGAUGAGUCUUCACAACACAGCUCCACUGUGGCACCCGAGGGAGAAUACACAGACAUGGAAGAAGAACUCCCAACAAUGGACCCAAACCCUGGUGCGGUAGUUCCAUACACCGGUACUGAGGUCCCACUGCGGAAGCGUAUUGCCAACCCACGAGGCUACGACCUCGAUGAUGACUCCGAUCUCGACUAUCUUGAGGACGGAGAUGGAAAUGGCGACAACGGAAUCGAGGGGUAUGAAGAUGAGGACGACAUGUAUUUUGAUGACGGAAUCAUCAUGGAUCCAACCCCGCAAGACAUAAGUCAAUAUAUAACGGCACCUGAUACUGCCGAGGCUACACCCCUCGGCGCUUCAAACCCUCUACUAUCUGAAGACCAGAGGCUUUCUUUAUCAACAGUUGGAGUUUCCAGCGGUGGGGCUAUGAUGGUUGAGGACGGUAGCAUGAGCGGUACUCAUGGUUCCGCCACCAACGGCGGUGGCUCCGGCACGGAUAAUCGUUCUUUCCCCCCCUUCAUCAACCCGAUUGGUGGCGGCCUUGGUUUUACCCAAGAACAUGCCCAAUUCUAUGCGCCAGACGGCACAAUGCUCGACGGAAACGGCUGCCCUCUUGCGCUUUCCACCCUGACACAGUCUCUCCAUGCAUACCAAAAGGAGCAACAGCGUCUUGCUGAAGAGGAAGAAGGUUUAAACGAUCCUCUCAAUGGCUACGAAAGUGACUACAACCCUUAUUCCUACUCACGAGGCGAAUCUCGGAGUGGGUAUUACUCUGAUGAGUACGAGGAAGAUGACGAAACUAUGGUCGCCGCAGCCAAUGCCGAGGCACUAGCGUACGACACCGAGUUUUACGGGCAAGAAUUUGGUUUCUAUCCGGCGCCGCCAUCAUCCGCCUCCGAUACAUCAGAGACGGGAGCAUAUGGCGGCUACUUUGGGCCACCUGGAGGCGAGAUUCUACAGCGGCCCCCGUUGCUAAGAAGACCGUCGCUCACGCCGAUAAGUGAACGCAGUGAAAGCUCAUGGAGGAACAGUGCAGUCUUCCCUGUGGAGGGAUGGAAAGGACUUGGCGCUCAGCGGCCGCUGAGUGCGCUUUCUUUUGGCGGCGGUGGUGAAGAGACAGGAGGUGGAGAUGGGAGUUUAGACGCCUUGAUGAAAUUGAGGAGAGGUGCGUGGGGUGGGAGUAACGGGAGCAUCAAGAGCAGCCUUGCUGGGACUGGCGGAGGAAAUAGUCCAGUUGCGCCACCGCCAGGAUGGGGAGCUAUGGGCGGUGCGGCAGGAAGUCCAGGUGUUAACGGCGGGGGCGGGAGUCCUGGGGUACUCCCGGGAAGCCCAUUAGCAAGCACUGGGAGCUUCAUGAGCUACCCUCCAGGGUUGACCCCGCCACCGGGCUUAUCACCGCCGCCUGGUUUGGGUUAUCCGCCACCACCAGGAUUAUCAUUACCACAGGGCCUAUCUCCCCCACCCGGAUUAUCCCCCCCACCUGGCUUGCCUCUUCCACCUGGCCUUUCGCCGCCACCUGGACUUUCAUCACCGCCACCGGGUCUAGCACACCCAGGCGUAAACGCGAUGCUGCCGACAAAGGGCUCGUUUGAUGAGCAACAGCUGCUGAUGAUGCAGGGGAGGCAGAUAAUGCAAAUGCAGAUGCAAAUGCAAAUGCAAAUGCAAAACAGCUCCCCAGCGGCCAAUAACGAAUUCUAUCAACAGAAUUCGGGAAUGCAAGUACAGACCCAAGCCCAACAAUCACAUCAGAAAGCUUCCACGGCAGACUCAAGCUAUGCGUCUGCGGUUGGGUCUCCUGUUGAUACGACAGGCCAGGAUGAAGGGGAGAAGAGGGAGGAGGUAGAGAAUUGGGUUUUUAAUGGUAGAAGAGUCGGAAGCAGGGGAAGUAGAGGGAGUUAG